AUGAUCUUAUUGUUUACUGCAGUCCUUUUGGCAGGUGGAAAUGAGUAUGGACAGUGUAGUGAAGAACCUGAGCGGAAAGAUGACAUUGGUAGACCUUUGAGAGGGGAUAUAGUGAUCCCUCAGCACUGUGAAGGGUUCAAGACGAUUAAGCAAUGCCAAGAUAAUGGGCAGAUUAGCAUUUUCGAUGGGUCGGUGACGGGUACCAAUUUGGAGUUGCAGAAUGGGAGUUUGAUUGUGCAGAAAUGGAGAUUUGGGAGUUGGCCUGAUGGCAUUGAUUCAACGGUGAGGCUUAUACUUGAAGAGCCUAAACCCGGGCUCACUUUUUUUAGUUUGAUUGACUGGGAGUAUAUAUGGGAAUGUGACUGGUGGAGAAUGCACAGAGAGGAUGGCGGGAUCUUAUUUUCCAGAGGAUACGAGCAGUUUUUGGUUUUGGAAUUUGAGAUACUUGAGUAG